ACAGCACAAAAUGACGGUGAGAGAUAACUAGCCAAUACAGCGAGCGCGCACGUUGUCCGCGAGCCUCUCAUGAGCACAGCAGCAGUUGCAUGGAACGCUUUCUCGCGCCCCAACAAUAGAGUGCUUCACCGGACCCGUUUUGAUGCCAAUUUCACCAAUAUUUACCCUGAGAUUCCCUUUGGAAAAAAGUGCCUGGAUUCUUCCCCGCCGCCGCCUCUUCCACCAGGAGUACAUUUGAUAUCAGGGACAGUAGGCUACAAUCAUGGAUCUGACCCGGGGAUUUAAAUUCUUGGACACGGUGGCAUGCUCUGCUGCUCAGUAAGGAUGGGAAGAAAAUAAGAGGAAUUUUAACAAACGUAUCAGGUAGUGGUGUCACAGCAGAAGGAUGCCGCUGGUGAAGCGCACCAUCGAGCCCAGGCACCUGUGCCACACGGUGCUGCCAAGGAACAUCAAGAAUGAGUUGGAGUGUGUGACUAACAUCUCCUUGGCCAACGUCAUACGCCAGCUCAGCAGCCUAAGUAAAUAUGCAGAAGACCUGUUUGGAGAGCUGUUCAACGAGGCUCACACCUUCUCUUUCCGGGUGAACUCCCUGCAAGAGCGUGUGGACCGCCUCUCCAUCAGUGUCACACAGCUGGACCCCAAAGAAGAGGAAUUGUCUCUUCAGGACAUCACCAUGAGGAAGGCUUUCAGGAGUUCCACCAUUCAGGACCAGCAGCUGUUUGACCGCAAGUCGCUGCCCGUCCCACUGCAGGAGUCCUUCCAGACAUGCGAGCAGCCGCCACCGCUCAACAUCCUCACGCCCUACAGGGACGAUGGAAAGGAGGGUUUGAAGUUUUACACCAAUCCUUCGUACUUCUUUGACCUGUGGAGAGAGAAGAUGCUGCAGGACACAGAGGACAAGAGGAAGGAGAGGCGGAAACAGAAGUUGCAGGACCCUCGCAUGUAUGAUCAGGUCUAUCGGUACUUAGACCUUCCAGGGCAGAUUAAGGCGAUAGACCGUCCGCAAGAGACGGACAAGAUACCGCGGGCGCCUCACGAUCGUAAGAAGGAGUGGCAGAAACUGGCACUGGGCGCAGAGCUCGCCCAAGACAUACCUGAGGACAAACACAGAGAGGCCAACGGAUCUGCAGGUUACCACGACAACAGGGUUCCCUUGUACUUGGAAGAUAUGGACGGGCCCUUCUCGCUGGCGGCGCUGCCCUACAGCCAGAUGAACGAGCUGCUGAACCGUACCGGGGACAGAAUGUAUUCGCGGCCCCACGACCCUCCACCGCCUCCACCUCUCAUGCACCCACUGGGAGAGAUCAAGCCACCCUCUGUGAUCAGUUCCAGUUCGGGUUUUUCCGACAGCAGACCCCAGUCUCCAGCACGGACAGGAGGCUUCAACUCCAACACUCCCCCUCCACCGCCUCCCCCUCUUCCCCCUCCGCCUCCCCCGUUACCCUCCUCAGGCCUGCGGGGCACUCCUCCUCCUCCCAUUCCUCCUCUACCAGUUCAGCAGCAUCCCCCGGCAAUCCCGCCUCCCCCUACUCCUCUCCAGAUCGCCCCGGGGGUGCUGCACCCGGCCCCUCCACCCGUGGCGCCGCCCCUCCACUGCUCCCCGGCCCGUCUCCAGCAGGUCCUGGACAGGGGUCUACCCACGGGCUCUGGGACCCAGUCGGAUGGCAGCAUCCUGCCUCCUCCUCCGCCACCUCCUCCUCUGCCCCACUCAGCGAGGAGCUCCUCACCCUGUCCGUCAGGCCCGCCACCUGUGCCCGCCUUCCCCUCAGCAGGAGCCAUGGCCUCCCCGCUACCCCAAGGGAGCAAGAGGCACCAUCCAGCCAAUCUGCCACCCAUCAGCGAUGCACGCAGUGUCCUGUUGGAAGCCAUCAGAAAAGGCAUCCAGCUGCGGAAAGUGGAGGAGCAACGAGAGCAAGAGGCUAAGCACGAGCGUGUUGGCAACGACGUGGCCACCAUCCUGUCACGCCGCAUCGCUGUGGAGUACUCAGACUCCGAGGACGAGUCCGAGUUUGACGAAGGAGACUGGAUGGAGUGAUGGCCGUCAGAGAGAUCGAAGUGGGAAAAAAGGCAGCGUUGGAGGCAGAGGACAAAUGUGUUAAGGUGCCCCCCCCACCCCCAACCCAACCCAACCCUGCACUCCACAUCUCGCCAUCGCAGUCCUUUCUACUCUGGAAAGAACGUUGUUGCCCACUUUUUUUCUUUUUUUUUUAAUCUCUGUCUCGUGGUUUGUCUUCGGAGGAGAACGUGUACGUCGCCCUCGUCUGUCGUCUAGUGUUCCAAGAGAAGUUUCUGCAUUCAUUCUUUUCUGCACUACCACACGACAUUGUUUCUUCUGGAUUUCUUGUGAUGAAAUCCCCCAUGUUUACUAUUGGUACACAUGAAAAUAACUUUUUUUGAAGAACCACAUUUUUCUUUCUUAUCUGUACGUCGAUGUAUAAAAAAAAAAGAAAAGAAAAUAGAAAAGGAAAAAAUGAAGGCAUGUUGCAUUUAUCCUGAGUUCUCCAGCACCGUUUUGCCACCUGGUGGCUGAACACGGCAUUGAAUGAAUGCCGUUUUAUUUCAUCAUCUUUCAUUUACCCUUUGUUCUUUGAAAAGCGGGCCAGUAGUUGCCUGACCACAACAUGAACUCGGUGUGAACAUCAGCUGGGUUGUCUUUUUCUGUUUUCUCUCUUGUUAUCAGGACUGACUUUACCACUUAGAACAAGCAAAAAGAUUGUGUUGGUAUGUCAUGUGAUGAUUGCCGUGUGGGUGAAAAUGAAGAAGGGGAAGCAUAUGUCUGCUUUGGCCACACGUGUGCAUAUCCAUCCACCUACAUCUAACUUUUACUCCAGGGAAAUGUAUGCCAAGAGAUUGAUCUUUUUGUCUGUUGAGGUUCUAAAAAAAAAAAACACUGAGCCAUUGGUUUUAAGCAUAUUGAGCUCCCAUCAUUUUCUCAAGUUCUUUGCCAU